UCAUGAGGAUCACUUGAUGAGAGACAAUGCGUUUGAAGAUUGGCAGUCAGCCCAGGGGGGGCGUUCUUUUCGUAGAAAUGUUGCAGUCAUCCUACCUCGAAAGAACCGAAUUCGCAUCUUUUUAGCCGAUCAAGCAUUUGAACGAGAGGGAGAUAUCAUUCAUCUACUUGAAAAAUACCUUUCACAUAACGGCCAGUACACCGAACACUAUGCAGUCGUGGAUAUCACCAACAUAUGCUUGCUUUUUGUCUCAAAGACAACGUGGAAAGCGCCCGAUAGCGGAUUUUCUAGCAAAGCUGUCACUUUGGCACUCAGAGCAAUUAUCAAACUCGAUAAUGAUAACCUUUUCGAACGGGCGCUUCCCGUAUUCUUUUCGAAGUUGGAAUACUUUCAAUUGGCAAAAGAUGAAGGUUCUCGACGUGGAAAGCUUUGGUUCCAUGCUAGGUAGGUGGCUCGUUAUCUUGAUUGUCUCCGCAAUUAAUAGCUACAGCAGGCUUGCGACCUGCCCACCAGCCCACACGAGUUUCAUCUCAAGAUGUAGAGCCAUUCAGAUUAUGAACAAGUUCAUGGUCGAUGGCAAAUGGGCUUGGGGUCAGCUCAAGGAUGCUGUUGCAAACCUUGAUCUAGAGACAGCCCAAGAGGGAAGAUAUCUGGCCAAAUUAGCCAAUCUAUGCAGCAAGGACGUUCUGAUUUCAACCUUGAUACCGUCGCUCGCCAAGCACGCAGCAAAUUUGCCCAUGACGAUGGCGUUCUUCGCGAACACUUCGGUACUCACGAACUUCAAAGAUGGCAUUACUGAUAUCAUGCACGCAGCUCUAUCAAGAAUACAGAUAUCACCACGGAACGAAGCUUCGGGUCUGAGCCGAAACCAAUCUACAUGCGCACAGCUAAAUGGUGUCGAGUCACAUUUCCAUGACGUGAUCACAACUUUGUCGCUAGCUUACAAACAUGGAGUACUUACACAACUAGAUCAAGGUAUUGCUAAAUUAGAAAAGGAAGUUGGAGGAGCUUCUUCCAAAGUACUGGGAACAAUAUAUAUUCCAUUUCUCGCUUAUUUUACCACAAAAGUGGAAGAGGCAUACCUCAACACUUAUAUACCCAUGCAGAGACUAUAUCGAACUAUCCUCAAUGCUUAUAUCAAACGGAAUAUCACACCGGAACCUCAGCCUCCAGAAAACCUGGCCAGGGAGUCACGCGGUUGCGGAUGUUUUGACUGCAUAACUUUGGAUGUAUUCUUAACACAUCCCACCAUGACAUCGUUCGAAUUCAAGAUAUCCACGAAGCGAAGGAGGCAUCUCAAACACCGACUGCAGAAAGAUAUAGCCGCGAGGAGUAUCAACACCACCAUCCAAUGCGCAAGUCCCCAUAGUCUCAUGGUCGAAAAGGCAACGAAAUAUGACGAUGAUCUCAAUCGUUGGAAACAGCUCCGUGAAGAGUGGAAAGCGAAGAUUCGGACGAUCGAUGCAAAUACCCUGAAGAAAGUGCUGGGAAAAGCAGACUUCGAUCUCAUCACGGCUUUGAAGCCAAUCUCAGCCGAGCCAAAUCCCACCCAGCCCGCCAAAUUUGAACCGUUCAACGAGACAAAGCUUGCGACAAAAGACCAAUCAUCGUCAAACGCUCCGCUCAAGAUAAGAUCUACUACAAGUGCUCGGUCUCUCUCCGCAUGUACCACAGUGCCCGUAGUGGAGAUACCAGUACCGCGUCCUAAUUCGACCAAACGAGUUUCAGACGCGGAAGAUCAAUAUGGAAGAAGUGUCAAACGACCACGCCCACAAUCAGGUCCAUCUGGACUAUAACAGGCUCAACAAUUGAAGCACGACGUAAGGAGAAGGUGGAGUUCCCCUUUUGUUCUAUUUACUGGAAACUGGUAAGUUUUGGAAUCGACGGUCCCUUUUGCAAAAG